UGACGUCAUCACCGAGCGACAGCCUGGUUUGUGUUUCGGUGUUGAUGCUAACAUGCUAACAGCUGUGCCGUCCGUGUUUAUGUUUGGUUUCGCUCCCGUGUGUCUCCGUCAUGAGCUCUGGAGGCGAUGCUGUGCCUGGAUGAAGGAGUCAGUGUGAAUCUGAUGGACCUUUAGAUGAAUGAGCCCCCCUGAAGCUGUCUGAAUCAGAAUUGGCCGGGCCGGCAGUUCUGCUGUGAAUCAGGUCCGAUCCAUGACUGAGUACUACGAGGAGGGGGGGCUGCUGUACGAGCAAUCACCUCCCAUGCACAUCAAAGUGGAGUCUCCGGAGGGACCCUUUGGAGGGGGAGCCUCAGAGAACGGCUUCCCCAGGGAGGAUGACGACUCAGAGGGCAGCUGUGACCAGAGCAGCGGGUUACCGGGGGGUCUCCCCUUCAACGUGGUAGUGGUGCAUCCAAACCUCAUGGCACCCGGCAUGUCCUCAGACGACCUCUUGUCCAUUGAACAAAACAGAGCUAUGUCAGCUGCACUGGCUGCUGGCGGUGCUGGAAAAAGAAAGAGCCGUUUCAGCGGAGCAGAGCUGGAGGUGUUGGUGUCGGAAGUCACUCGGUGUGAAGGGGAGCUCUUUGGUCCUGCAGGGAGGCUCAGGCGGCGGGAGAGAGAACGCAUCUGGGCAGGAAUCCUGGAAAGAGUCAAUGCGGUGUCCAGAGUCCCGCGCACCCUUCGGGAGGUGAAGAAGCGCUGGGACGACUUAAAGAGGCGCAACGGCGGCAGGCUGGCGGAUGCCCGACACCGCAGCUGUUACUUGCCUUCCAGCAGAGGGGCUUCCAUGCUCGGACGUUCUUCCCAGCCGAGCCCCAGGCUGCAGCAUGCGAGGCAGAAGCAAAGCAACAGACCCAAGCCGAGUUUCCCAUGUUUUCCUGAGUCGGAUCCAGGUGUCGGAGCAGAGGGAUCAGAGAGAGAUGGUUUGGAGAAAGAUGACGACAAUUCUGAACGUGAGAGAGACAUAGGAGAACCUGACUGUGAACCAGUAGACAACAGUAUGGAGGACAAGCUUGGUUUAGGACUGGGCCUAGGAAUCGGACCGCCCCCUCCCUCAGAAAGGUGGUUACCUCCUUCACCUCUCUACAGCGCUCCUUUUCUCAAUGGCAGCCCUCAGCCCAGCAGUCCUCAGCCCUCACUGGGAGCUCAGCAGGGUCCUCUGGAGGCCCCCCCUCGCUCCUGGCUGGAAGAUGAGCUGCGCGGUUUGGGAGAAGCUGCUAUACAGCUGGGAAAUCGUGUGGAAAAGUGUCUCCGUGAGUUUGGCGAAGGCUUCCGACAAGACAUGAGAACACUUGUCGCUUCACAGGAGGCAUUAGCAGUUAGCCUGCAACAAAACAAUGUCCUUUUGCAAAGGCUGUUAGGGGUGCUGGAGGCCCAGCAGCAGCCACAGCCGCAGCAACAUCGCAUACAGCAGGCGCACCAAUCACAAACGACUCAGCAGCACUUACAGCCACAGCCAGUUCAGCAGCAGUUACAGCACACAGAACCACAGCAGCAGCAGCAGCAGCAGCAGCAGCAGCGGAUAGAAACCGCUCAGCAGUCACAGCUACAGCUGCACCAGUCACAUAUUGCACAACAGCAGCACCAAACACAACUACAGCAGCAGCAGUCACAGGUGACCCAGCACGUGAACCAUCAGCCAGCUGUUGCAGUGAUCGCUGCACCGCCGUCCCCCGACAUACACGGAACUUUCCCCUCGGAUUCCCCCGCAGACUCAAACGAAAACGUGCAGCGGUCGCGACGAGGGCGAGCGGUCGACCACAGACGCAGAAGACGACGCUAAGGAGAAUGUAUUUAAACACUCAAGCUACAUAUCGUACAUGUUUCAAAAUGUGAAAAGAAAUGAUUUUUAUACUGACAGUAUUUCUGUACAUUUUCUGUAAGAUACUGUUAAGUGUCUGCGGAUUAGAAUUCCUUGUUAGGAGGUUGGCGUGAAGAAGGGACUGAUGUGGAUGAGUAAAUGACAACAUGAAAUCAUCGGGUGGCCUUAUCAUUAGCUGGAUUCUUCAGGCACGUUCCUGUGCUCUAAGAAAUCAUGACAAACAGUUGUUCUCUGAAGUGACAGCCUCACCCAGGAGACGCUCAAUACUCUGAAAAGCAGCGUACUGUAGGUGCUGAUGUAUAAUAUGCAUGUCUCUGUACAUGAUUUGCAGUAGGACUGCACAACUCAAUAAUGCUCUUACUAGUUCAGUACUGACUACACUUACUACAUUGUCAUAAAGUACUUGUAAUCUGCAGUUGUUAACAUGUAUUGUAGUUAGACAGCUAUUGUAAUUACCUGCUAAUGUAUGCUUGUGCUCUUUUUUAACAGUUUCAUGGUACUUCUCCAACGUUUGGUUGGAAACUAAAGUGAGACUGUUCAGUGUCUUUUGAGACACUGGGUGGAGCAGUCAUAAAGAACGGAGUUCGCAAAGAAACAUUCGCAAACAUAACCCUCACAAUAUGCAUCAGACUUUAUUUUAUACAUUGGGCUAUAAACACAUAAGUAUCUAGGGGCUAUUUAUAACAAUAUUGCAUGUGGUAUCAUGGAUGUUUCUGUGAAUAGCUGCAAAGAAACAGCUUAUGGCCAUCAUCUAUGUAGUUUUGCACAAGCUAUAUUUUGUAGAUAGCUACUGUUCUGAUACAAUGUAACUCAAUAAACAACAGAGUUGGACUGCAAAUA